AGGGAGAGGGACAGGGAGGGGGACUGGGAGAGGGAAAGAGGCUAAUUAAAACGGGCACACAGCGGAAAGGGAGUGAGAGCGGUGCGCCGCCAAGAACCAACGCGCAGCGGCACUUGGAUCUCCCCUAGGCACCGAGAGGUCCCCAACCUGGGCUGGAACCUUGCUCUGCACAGGCCUGCUGCUGGAUCCCAUGUGAAAAGCAGGAAAUAAAAUGAAGAUUUUUCAGUGCAAGAUGCAGUACUGGCUGUUUCAAGCCUUUUUGGCAAUUGCUUAUUUUUGCACCGGUGUCCAGGGUCAAGUGCCUCCACCCACACGGUUAAGAUAUAGCGUAUUAUCUCAUGAUAGUAUACAGAUUUCAUGGAAGGCUCCAAGAGGGAAAUUUGGUGGAUACAAACUUCUUGUGACUCCAGCUACAGGUGGAAAAACCAAUCAACUGAAUCUCCAGAACACUGCAACUAAAGCAAUUAUUCAAGGUCUUAUGCCAGAUCAGAAUUACACAGUUCAACUUAUUGCAUUCCAUAAAGACAAAGAAAGCAAGCCAGCCCAGGGUCAAUUCAGAAUUAAAGAUUUAGAAAAAAGAAAGGAUCCAAAACCCAGAGUCAAGGUUGUGGACAGAGGAAACGGAAGUAAACCAUCUUCACCAGACGAAGAGAAAUUUUUCUGUCAAACUCCAGCUGUUGCUGAUAUUGUAAUCCUGGUUGAUGGCUCAUGGAGUAUUGGAAGAUUCAACUUCAGACUGGUUCGGCUUUUCUUGGAAAACCUGGUUACAGCAUUCGACGUGGGCUCAGAGAAGACACGAAUUGGUCUUGCACAGUAUAGUGGAGACCCCAGAAUAGAAUGGCACUUGAAUGCCUUUACCACAAAAGAUGAGGUGAUCGAAGCUGUCCGAAAUCUACCAUACAAGGGAGGAAAUACACUCACAGGUCUUGCUUUGAACUACAUUUUUGAAAAUAGCUUUAAACCAGAAGCAGGAGCAAGGUCUGGAGUAUCCAAAAUUGGCAUUUUAAUCACAGAUGGAAAGUCCCAAGAUGAUAUUAUUCCACCAUCCAGAAACCUUCGUGAGUCUGGUAUAGAACUGUUUGCCAUAGGGGUGAAAAAUGCGGAUGAGAAUGAACUGCAGGAGAUCGCCUCUGAACCAGACAGCACUCACGUGUACAACGUCGCCGAAUUUGACCUGAUGCACACAGUGGUGGAGAGCCUGACGAGGACUGUCUGCUCCAGGGUGGAAGAACAGGACAGGGAGAUCAAAGCAUCAGCCUUUGCCACCAUUGGGCCACCUACGGAGUUGAUUACUUCUGAAGUCACUGCCAGAAGCUUUAUGGUUAACUGGACUCAUGCCCCAGGAAAAGUGGAAAAAUACAGAAUUGUAUAUUAUCCUGCCAGGGGUGGAAAACCAGAAGAGGUGGUGGUAGAUGGGAGUGUAUCUUCCACAAUGUUGAAGAACUUGAUGUCUUUAACUGAGUAUCAGAUAGCAGUCUUCGCAAUAUAUGCCCACACCGCUAGUGAAGCCCUACGGGGAACUGAAACUACACUUUCUUUACCUAUAGCUUCCGACCUUGAACUGUAUGAUGUGACUGAGAAUAGUCUGAGGGCAAAAUGGAACGCAGUGGCUGGCGCAUCAGGAUACCUGAUCCUCUAUGCUCCUCUCACGGAGGGUCUGGCUAGCAAUGAAAAAGAGAUGAGAAUUGGAGACACCCACACAGAUAUUGAGUUGAGUGGGUUGUUGCCCAAUACGGAAUACACAGUUACAGUUUAUGCUAUGUUUGGAGAAGAGGCCAGUGAUCCCGUUACAGGACAAGAAACAACAUUGCCCUUAAGUCCACCAAGAAACCUGAGAAUCUCCAAUGUUGGCUCUAACAGUGCUCGGUUAGCCUGGGACCCUACUUCAAUAAAGAUCAGUGGCUAUCGAAUUGUAUAUAACAACGCAGAUGGGACUGAAAUCAAUGAGGUUGAAGUCGAUCCUAUUACUACAUUCCCUCUGAAAGGCUUGACGCCCCUCACAGAGUAUACUGUUGCCAUCUUCUCCAUCUAUGAUGAAGGGCAGUCAGAACCUCUGACAGGAAUUUUCACCACGGAGGAUGUUCCAGUCCAGCAAUACUUGGAAAUUGAUGAGGUGACGACAGAUAGUUUUAGAGUGACCUGGCAUCCCCUUUCAGCUGAUGAAGGGCAACACAAGUUGAUGUGGAUUCCAGUCUAUGGUGGGAGGGCUGAAGAGAUUGUCCUGUUAGAAGACCAAGACUCAUAUGUUGUUGAAGGCCUGGAGUCUGGCACUGAAUAUGAAGUGUCACUGUUGGCGGUACUGGAUGAUGGAAGCGAGAGUGAAGUGGUGACUGCUGUUGGGACCACACUUGACAGUUUUUGGACAGAACCAGCCACGACUAUAGCACCUACCAGACCUGUGACUUCAGUUUUCCGGACAGGAAUCAGAAACCUGGUUGUAGAUGAUGAAACCACUUCUAGCCUGCGGGUCAAAUGGGACAUUUCAGACAGCAGUGUGCAGCAGUUCAGGGUGACCUACCUGACUGCUCAAGGGGACCCUGCGGAAGAAGUGGUAGGAAUGGUUAUGGUGCCUGGAAGCCAGAACGAUCUCCUUCUGAAGAGCCUGCUUUCCAAUACUGAAUACAAGGUCACGGUGACCCCCAUUUACGAUGACGGAGAAGGUGUUAGUGUCUCUGCGCCUGGAAAAACCUUGCCACCCUCCAGUCCCCAAAACUUACAGGUCUCAGAAGAAUGGUACAACAGGUUGCGCAUUACAUGGGACCCCCCAUCUUCCCCUGUAAAGGGCUAUAGGAUCGUCUACAAACCUGUUAGUGUGGCUGGCCCAACACUGGAAACUUUUGUGGGCGCUAACAUUAAUACCAUUCUGAUCACGAACCUCCUCAGUGGAAUGGACUACAACGUGAAAAUAUUUGCCUCCCAGGCCUCAGGCUUCAGCGACGCUCUGACAGGCGUGGUGAAAACAUUGUUUUUGGGUGUGACCAAUCUUCAAGCAGAGCAGAUUCAAAUGACCAGCUUGUGUGCUCGGUGGCAGGUGCAGCGUCAUGCCACUGCCUACAGGGUAGUUAUAGAAUCCCUCCAGGAUACAAAAAAGCAAGAAGCCAUUGUGGGUGGAGGGACAACCAGGCAUUGCUUCUAUGGACUUCAGCCUGAUUCAGAAUAUAAAAUCAGUGUUUACACAAAGCUCCAGGAGAUUGAGGGACCCAGUGUGAGCAUAAUGGAAAACACACGUAAGUCUGAAUCACUGCCUACUCAACCACCUACUUUUCCUCCUACUAUUCCACCAGCAAAAGAAGUAUGUAAAGCUGCCAAGGCAGACCUAGUGUUUAUGGUGGAUGGAUCCUGGAGCAUUGGAGAUGAAAAUUUCAAUAAGAUCAUUAACUUUCUGUCUAGCACUGUUGGAGCGCUGGACAAGAUUGGUGCAGAUGGGACUCAAGUUGCAAUGGUUCAGUUCACUGAUGACCCCAGAACAGAAUUUAAACUGAAUGCUUACAAAACCAAAGAGACUCUUCUUGAUGCAAUUAAACAUGUUUCAUACAAAGGAGGAAAUACAAAAACAGGAAAAGCAAUUAAGCAUGUCCGAGAUACCUUGUUUGCUGCAGAGUCAGGUACCAGAAGAGGCAUCCCAAAGGUCAUCGUGGUUAUCACUGAUGGAAGAUCACAAGACGAUGUGUACAAAAUCUCCAAGGAGAUGCAAUCAGAUGGCUACAGCAUUUUUGCCGUUGGUGUGGCUGAUGCAGAUUACUCAGAGUUGGUUAGCAUUGGCAGCAAGCCCAGCGCUCGUCACGUCUUCUUUGUGGAUGACUUUGACGCAUUUAAGAAAAUUGAAGAUGAGUUGAUUACUUUUGUCUGCGAAACCGCAUCAGCAACCUGCCCACUGGUGCACAAAGAUGGCGUUGAUAUUGCAGGUUUUAAGAUGAUGGAAAUGUUUGGUUUGGAUGAAAAGGAUUUUUCAUCGGUGAAAGGAGUUUCUAUGGAGCCUGGUACCUUCAAUGUGUAUCCUUGUUACCAAAUUCAUAAAGAUGCCCUGGUUUCCCAACCAACCAAGUAUUUGCAUCCAGAAGGAUUGCCCUCUGAUUACACAAUCAGUUUUCUAUUCCGGAUUCUUCCUGACACUCCAGAGGAGCCGUUUGCUAUUUGGGAGAUUUUAAAUAAAAAUUCUGACCCAUUGGUUGGAGUCAUUUUAGAUAAUGGUGGGAAAACCCUAACAUAUUUCAACUAUGACUACAGUGGGGAUUUUCAAACGGCUACUUUUGAAGGACCUGAAGUUAAGAAAAUUUUCUAUGGAAGCUUUCACAAACUACACAUUAUUGUCAGCAAGACUUUGGCCAAAGUGGUUAUUGACUGCAAGCAAGUGGGCGAGAAGGCAAUAAACGCAUCGGCUAAUGUCACAUCGGAUGGUGUCGAAGUCCUAGGGAGAAUGGUUAGAUCAAGAGGACCAAAUGGAAACUCUGUACCAUUCCAGUUACAAAUGUUUGAUAUCAUUUGUUCCACAUCGUGGGCCAAUAGAGACAAGUGCUGUGAACUUCCAGGCCUGAGGGACGAGGAGACCUGCCCAGAGCUUCCACAUUCCUGCUCCUGUUCUGAAAUCAGUAAAGGGGCUCUGGGACCAGCAGGCCCACCAGGUGGUCCAGGACUCCGAGGACCAAAGGGUCAACGAGGUGAACAGGGCCUCAAGGGACCAGAUGGCCCUCGAGGUGAAACAGGCCCUCCAGGACCUCAAGGUCCCCCGGGACCCCAAGGACCAAGUGGUCUGUCCAUUCAAGGAAUGCCUGGAAUGCCAGGCGAAAAAGGAGAGAAGGGAGAGUCUGGCCUUCCUGGCCCGCAGGGUAUCCCGGGAGCUGUUGGUUCACCAGGACGUGAUGGUUCACCAGGCCAGCGGGGCUUUCCUGGAAAGGACGGAUCAUCUGGCCCUCCAGGACCACCAGGGCCAAUUGGCAUUCCUGGAGCCCCUGGAGUCCCAGGGAUCACAGGAAGCAUGGGACCCCAAGGCGCCUUGGGACCACCUGGUGUCCCUGGAGCAAAGGGAGAGCGAGGAGAACGAGGUGACCUGCAGUCUCAAACCAUGGUGAGAGCAGUGGCACGUCAGGUGUGUGAACAGCUCAUCCAAAGUCACAUGGCCAGUUUCACAGCCAUCCUCAACCAGAUUCCCAGCCACUCCUCUUCUAUCCGGACCAUCCAAGGGCCGCCUGGGGAGCCUGGGAGACCAGGCUCUCCUGGAACCCCUGGUGAACAAGGACCCCCAGGGACCCCAGGCUUCCCAGGAAGUGCAGGUGUGCCAGGGACCCCAGGAGAACGAGGUCUAACAGGUGUCAAGGGAGAAAAAGGAAAUCCAGGCAUUGGAACCCAAGGUCCAAGAGGCCCCCCUGGGCCAGCAGGACCUUCAGGGGAGAGUCGGCCAGGAAGCCCUGGGCCCCCUGGGUCUCCUGGACCAAGGGGCCCUCCAGGUCACUUGGGAGUGCCUGGACCACAAGGUCCUUCCGGCCAGCCUGGAUAUUGCGACCCCUCUUCGUGUUCUGCCUACGGGGUGGGAGAUCUGAUCCCUUAUAAUGAUUACCAGCACUGAAGUGGAACUCCUCCACUCUGAUUACAUUGGCCUGGGCAAUUGGCCACGGAUACAGAACUGUCCUGUUGACCACCACCACCCAGCCUCUGCCCCUAACAAUGGGCACUUUGCUUCCCUGCCUCACUUGCUUCCCUACCUGCCCACUGUCACAUCUCUUGCUCUCCCUGCUCCAAACACAUACAAUGAUAAUACUGGAACUUAACCAAAUCACAUGUGUCAAUUGUAAUAGAAACUGACUGCUCCGUAUCAACCUGGAUAUAUGUAUAUGAUUGUGUACCAAGAAUUUAUCCCCAACUUCCCUAUGUGAAGGCUCGGUAAUAGUUACUUAAAUGUGCCUUCUCCUCUUUCCUGUCCCCACACAAGAUGGAUGGGCAUCUUUCUGCCUGACCACCCUACUCCCUAGUCCUCCUCUGAUCACCUGCCCUCCCCACUGUCCCCUGGUGAUGGACUUCUAACAUGAGAUGGGUUUUUAAAUUUAUUUGUCUUUCAUAAUUCUGCUGAAUUUUCAGGGUUCUUUUUGUAAAUAAAACACACAAUAUUUAAGCAGUUGCCUAUGAUUCUAGUUUUCUAACCAUUUCUGUAAUGUGUCUGUCCCUUUCUUCUUUUGCUAACCAUCUGAAACCUCGUGGGGAGGGCGCAAGCGGCGCGGCGGGUCAAGGUUGCUACUGCUUUCCACCCAAGCAGGAUAUCUCUGUAGUUUCAUGACCAAAUCCAUGUCUCUAUGGACCCACAUGAGGGGAGAAUAUCAAUUUAUGGUUCCUGGGUCCCAUCAAGUCCCCACCCCCACUCUUCCUCUCUAGCUCCCCAUCCUGAUCAGCCGGAAUUCACCCCUGUCCAAGACGAGCUGGAAGCCUUGGAACUAUGGGGCU